AUGACUAAUGAUGAAACUUCUGCAGAUCGUAUUGAGUAUUUAAACAAUGAAGUUGAAUCACUGCAAAUAAGAAUUGCUCAAAUUCAAGCAUAUAAUAAGGACCAAGCACAAUCAUCUAGGAAUCGAUGUCAAAAACUUGAACAUGAACUUAAACGUGUCAAACAUCAAUUAAGGAGAAAAAAUGAUAGUACAAAAACUUUACAAUAUGAACCUACAUUAGAAUAUGAACUAUUACGACGAAAAAUUGAAACUCAAGCACGUGAAUUAUAUUAUUUUACUAAUCAUCAAUUAAAUAAAAUCUCUAAAAAGUUGUCCAAUGAAGAUCAAUUAAUAUGGGAACAUAUCAUUAAACAAUUUGGUGAACAAAGUAGAGUACUUCAGGCUUCAAUACGAAAUAUAACUAAGGUUGAUGGAUAUCAACCAUGGCGUGAACGUGAACAGGAAAAUCUUUCAAAAUUAAUACAAGAAAGAUUAACUUUUUUACAAAAUCCAUCCAAACCUUGUAGAGAUGUUAAACGGUUUGUUUGUGAACUUAAUAAAAAUUGUGGUUUUGGUUGUGAAAUUCAUCAUGUUACGUGCUGUAACUGGACAUAUAAUCCUGGUGGAUUUGGUGAAAUAUUUCAAUAUCCAAGCCAUAAUUGUACGGAAUCUAUGGGUGCUGAUAUGUCGUAUUGGGGAAGUCGCCUAGAAGAUUAUGUUAUUCAGAUUCCACUUAUUGAUAUUCUUAAGCCACGACCGAAAUUUUUGCCAAUGGCAAUACCUGAAGAUAUAUCUGAUCGACUUAUUCGUUUACAUGGUAAUCCAUUUGUUUGGUUUACUGGACAAUUAUUGAAAUAUUUAUUGAGACCACAACCAUGGUUAGCUGAAUUUAUGAAGAAAAAAUAUGAAGCCAUUAAAUUUAAAACGCCGUUUGUUGGAAUUCAUAUACGACGAACAGAUAAACUUGAUGUUGAAGCCAAAUAUCAUGAUUUAUCAGAAUAUAUGAAACAUGUUGAAGAUUUUUAUAUUAUAUAUCAAUAUCAAAAUCCAGAUUUAAAAUUUACCAAACGUGUUUACUUAGCAACUGAUGAUCCAUCUGUUUUUAAUGAUACUCGUACCAAGUAUCCUGAUUAUGUGUUUUAUGGUGAUACAGCUGUAGCGGAAUCUGCUCAAAUGAACUCAAGAUUUAGAGCAGGAUCAUUGAAAGGUGUUUUACUUGAUCUUCAUUUUCUUUCAUUGUGUGAUUAUCUUGUUUGCACCUUUUCAUCACAGUUUUGCCGUGUGGCUUAUGAAGCAAUGCAACAGUAUGUUGUUGAUGGUUCAUGGCGCAUCCAAUCAAUUGAUGAUAUUUAUUAUUUUGGUGGUCAAAGUUCACAUUAUCAACGAGCAGUUAUAUCUCAUAAAAAUAUUUGGCCAGGUGAACUUAGUUUUGAACGUGGUGAUAUUAUUAAGACAGAAGGUAAUCAUUGGGAUGGAUUUUCACAAGGAUCUCAUACAAAAAAUGGCACAUCAGGUCUUUAUCCAUCAUAUAAAACAGAAGACAUUAUUAAUAUUGUAAAAAUGUAUACAUAUCCUGAAGUAAAAAUAGAAGAUGCUGAUGUUUAA